AUGGCCGUUUCAUUGGUCAGAGCCUGGCUGGAAGGGGAUUGGAGGAUGCUGACACCGCGCAUGCUAGCGUGGACCCAGGCGAUCAGCUGGUGGCUGGCCUUUUCAGUUGUCAUGACGAGCACGCUAACUGGUGUCCGAGAUUUGAUAUUAUCUGCGUUCGCCGAUUCACUGAUCAGAGCAACUGGAAGUCCGAAGCGUCAGACUCGCUGGAAGCUUAAGAAGAGAGGCGUGCUGGUUAUAGCGAACCUCCAGCUCUCUCCAUUGCUACUUGAUGACCUGGACCUCCCGGUAUUAGCACAUUCAGCAAAGGUGGAGACAUUGGAGCUCUCACUCCCCCUCCUGGCUUUUCUCCUCGCUAGAAACAUCUCUCUGCAAAUCAGAGGGUUCCAUGUGGAGCUGACUUCUUGCAAGUUCCCCUCUGAGAGGGAUUGCCGUGGGCUUGACGCUCAGGUGGAAGCAGAGAAAAGGGCCAGGCAACGACAGAGGCUGAUAGACAUUGACAGAUUGCUCUGGGAUGACAAUUCUCCUCCUCCUUCCUUCAUGCAGAAAUUUCAAGACUUCCUCAUUUUCACAGUUGCCUCCCGAGCAGCACAGUGCGUGCAGGUCUCCAUCUCCCAGGUGACCAUCCAAUUCCGACCCAGCUCCCUAAGCUCCCUCCCUCAGCCUCUCCAUCGUACUCUCGCCCUCCGCCUCGACUCCCUCAGCCUCAGCAACGGCCCUCCAGCUUCCACUGAUCUGCUGCUUCCCAGGGCAAAGGUGGUGGACGUGCGGGGCUGCAAGCUUGAGCUCGUGAACGAGUCGAGCAGGCCUUCUGCUCCAUCCUCAGGGGUUCAGGCGGGAAAUGACAGUGCCGCAACUGGCAAGACGGAUUCGUCUAGCAGACUGCACAGGCAAGCCCCACAGAGGCCUGCUGUGACUGUGGUGAAGCGCUGGAGCUUCUCUGUGACUGUGGAGGCAGGGUGGGGUUUAUGGCACCAGGGCAGCAAGAACAGUGGAGUGGUGGUGUCUGCCUCGCUGGACAUGGGUGCUCUCAUCAUGAGUGCGAAUGAAGUGGUUGUGGAGUAUCUGUCUGGCUUGGCUGUGGACCUGGCUGAAUUCACAGACUAUGCCAAGUACAGACAGACUCGCCCUCGUGCUUCAGUGCUUGAGGAUCCCAGGGCAUGGUGGCGGCAUGCCAUUGGAAGCGUGGCACGAGAUCUGCGAGCAGCGGCAAUGGACGUUGAGCUGACAGGGCUGUCGCAAUCCCUCCAAGCCACCCUGCGCCUGCAGUACGAGAAGCAGUACAGCGACUUCGUUGCAGGGCGCUGCUGGUCCGUGGCGUCCGCUCAGACGUGCCUGCAACAGCUGGAGCAGCAGCUUGGCACGUUCAACUGUGCGCUUGUGCGGUUCAGAGUGGCGCUGGCAGCAGAAUCCGAGGGGUUGUCCCGCAGUGAGCCCGCAUGGGAUCAGCACAUGGCCAACGUGAGAAACAAACUCCAGGAUCUGAACUAUUUGCUUUCUGGUGGCUCUGUUCCUGAGCCUCAGGCAAAUAAGCCAGUCCUCGAGGUCAGCAGCAGGUUUACCUGCCCCAAGCUGUGCGUCUUGCUGACAUCAGCGUCAGACCUCGAUUGGGGUGCUGAGGUGUCGCUGCAUGAGGUGGCGCUGAGGUUCACAGAGAGGGGUUCUCUUCAUGCUGAGGUGUCAUGCAGGGAGCUUUUGGUACGGAACUUCUACGUCCCUGAGAGCGAGUUAGUAGGGAACAUCGUGCAGUCUCUCAGCUUCUCCCAGUCCUCUCCCUUGCCUUCCUCCACAGCCUCCACACCUUCCGUUGCGCCUCAUCCCUCGUCCGCAUCAGCUUCCAUGCCUGGCUCAAGUCAACCUUCCCCAAUGCACCCUUCCCCUCUAAGGGGUGCUGCUGUGCCUGCUGCAGCAGCUGGGGCUGCUGCAUCUUCCUCCUUUUCCUCGGGCUCCACACCCACUCCCUUCUUGGCGGUCUGUUUUGUCCAGAGGUACGGCUCUCAGCCCCGUCCCUGCCAGCUGCCCACCUGUCUGGUCGGCAUGUGGCAUCUCUCCUUCCCCUCAGAGCUCAAAAAGCCAAGAUCAGGCCGUUUCCUCCAGUUUCUCCGGUCAAUCCGGUCCGACAAGUACGCAAAGUCAUUGCAGCAGAGCCAGAAAGCUGUGCAGACACCAGGAGAGGGGCAGCAGCAGCAGGAUCUGAAGGAUCCAGCGGAAGGGGUGGAGGAGAGGGAGCAGCCAACACAUCAGACGACGGAGAGAAGCAGGAGAAGUACAGGAGAACAUGGCGAGGCGAAGUGGAAAGGGGAGCGUGAACUGGGCGUGUUAGAGCUCGGGUGGGGCGAGGACGAGUUGCAGCGGCUGCAUACUCGAGUGGAGGCGCACAUGUCUCCCCUUCGAGUCUUCUUCGACCGCCGAUGGCUUUUCCAGCUCAUGCAGCUUCUCUCCUCGUCUCCCUCGACCCACUCGCAGCCAAUUGCGGCCAGCAAAGGCAGAGUGCCAGGCCACUUGGCCUCACAGGCUGGGAAGGCUGUGACUAGCCGUGCUCAGGUUGGAGCUGGUGGAGGAAAAGGAUGGGCUGGAGAAGGAGCAGGGGGAAGAGGUGGGGAGAUGGCAAUGAGGGACGCAGCUGGUGGUUCAGGUGACAGUGAGUGGAUGCCGGAUAUCACCAAGCAGCAGCACUACCUGUACCACAGAAGGGGAGACUCUGCAGGCCUGGAUUUCAGGAGCAACGGUGCUGCUACUAGUGCUGCUGAGAGGCGCCCUCCAGACACACCUGGUGGUGGCACGGGACAGAACCAUGGUAUCAGUGAUGGUGGUGCGGCGUUGCUGAACCUGGCUCCGUUCACGGAUCUGCAGGAUUACGUGAAAGAGUUUGGGCAGCACAUGGCGAGGAAGCGAGUGCAGCAUGUCAGGGAUAACCUGCCAGAGGUCGCCGCCCGGGUUGGCAGCAUACUCUUCAUCAUCCCUUGCCGUGACAUUACACAGCAGCAGAAGAUGGCUCAAGCGUGGCAAAACCAGGGAACAGGAGGAGCACAGAGAAGGAGGCCUGCAGCACUGACCACGCCCCUGCUGGUGAUAUCCCUCUCAGAGAUCGUUCUGGACACAAGGCCGACUGAAAGUUCCAUUCUUCUGAAGCAGGAUGAUACCUCAGUAUCAGCAGCGUCGUCCAGCGACCAAUCCCUAGCUGCCACGUGGCGCAAGGUGGUGGCGUCCAUGGCAUCGCACAAGGGAUGGAUGCAGCGGCAGCAUGUGGGCCCACUGCCGCCCAACUCACUGGAGCAGGUCAAGGUGGAACUCACAAUGGAGGCUUACUUGACCCGUGCUUCUCUCUCCAAUGUUGCAGAUUUGCGGGAAAGGGUGGACUUCUUAAAGUCAGUGUCAGUCAGUGCAUCCGUUUGUCGCUGCACUGAACCUAUUCGAGAAACCGCAACCACCCUGCUGAGUGUGGAGGUGGUCACGUCAGUCUUCAUCGUUCAGCUCUCCCCGCUCAUUGCCAAGGAGGUGUCCCGCCUCGUGCACACUUUAGACGAGACCUUUGCAAGCACCGGAGACCUCUCCUCAACCAGCAAGGAACCGCCACCACCCCCACCUGUUACACCUGGAGCACACCAGCUGGGUUGGAGGUUCUCCUUAAAGGGAGGUGGCUUCCUGGUGGAGGCGUGUCAGGAGAUGGUGCCGCACAGCAAGGCUGACUGCCCGUACGGCGUGUGCCGCUGCCGCCAGUGGGUGCCCUCGUCUGACACCGCUGUGGUACUCGUCUCCACCGCGGAGGACAUGCAAGGAUGCCCCCCCAGCACUUCCAAAUCAGUUCCUCCACCUGCUGCUGCUACCUCUCCUUCUGCUGCUGCUGGGGGUUCUGCUGUGGAAGGCCAGCCCCGUGAGCCAGUGGUGGUGGUGUUCCGAGUGAGGCUGGACAAGAUUCGAGUGGAGGCAGAGCAGCACAAUGAUAAGUUAUCUCUCCUAUUGCUACUCAGAGGACUCUCCAGUGGUCGUAUCCUCCCUCCUAUCGCGAUGGUGCGGGAUCUGUUUCCUCCUGGCAAGGUCAUGAUAGCACGGGUGUUCUACCGAUGGCGCCUUCAGACAGUGGUGGCGAGGGGUUACAGCGAUGAAGCCAUAUUUGCUGCCUACGAGUCGCUCCAGCGGGCCAAGGCUCAGGUUGCUGUUCAGCUGCAGGAGGCAGGAACAUUGCAUCAGGUGGCUGUGAAAGUCGCCCUCCUCCCAUUCUCCUGUGACACCAAUAACCUCUCCGCGGUCCUCACCUUCCUCACUCACCUUCAAGCCGCUAUCUCUCGGACCACCUCUGCUCCACCGGGUGCCUCAAAUCCCCAAGCUCGCCAGAUGCUGACUUUUGGAAGCAGCGAAGUGGAGAGGGGCUCGUGGGGCGAGCCCACACCCACUUCUUUACCCUCCAGCCGCCUGAAUUCUUCGUCUGGCCGGUCUCGUGUGUCUUUUAGAGAUGCCGCGGAGGACGACGUGGAAAGCGAAGAUGAGAAGGAGGAGGCACAAGGUGGUGAGAGGUGGUCUGGGAAGCGUGUGGGGGGUGGAAAAGCAGAUGGUUCCGAGUUCGGGCCUCGCGUGCGGAGGACUGGGGGUGGGAAGCGGUUGAGCAUUGGAGAGCUGCCUGUUGACGGAAGCGAGGCAGACACGGAUUCUGACGAGGAUAAUGAGAGGGGUGGAAAGAGAGUGUCUCUGGAUGAUAGUCCUCUGGACAUCUUAGGUCCGAGUUCUGAAUGGCACUCUCAUGGAGCGCCACGGGAGGGCAUGCGUGAGAUGAGAACGCGAGGAAGGAGUAGGGAUGGUGGAGAAAAGGACGGGAGAGGUGAAGGUUGCCGUGUGUAUUCAAUGAGUGGGUGGAGGGAGAGGCGGAGGGGUUGGCAGGGAAGCAGUGGGGAGGGAGAGGUAGCAGGAAGCGAUGCAACGAGUGAAGUGUGGAAGCUGCAGGCUGAGCUGGGAUGUGGAAUGGUGAUCAUGUCCAUAGAAGGGGUAUCCUUUGGCAGCGUCAUCAUGCAGAGAGUGAAGGUGGAUUUGACCUCGCAGCCAGACGCAGUGGAUGUGGAUCUCACAGUUGGCGAUCUGGAUGUGGUUGACAUGCUCGCCAACUCCAAGCACUACGCUCACAUCUUUGAGCCCAACGGAGACCUUCCAAGCCUUAACCUCGUUGUUCGGCAGAACAUGGUGCUACGAGGGCCCAACCUACCUGCCAAGCCUCAGGUGUGUGUGUUCGUGGAGAGCCAGCAGACAAGGAUAACUGCCAUCUUCCGCUUCUUCAACGACUUUGCUCUCUUCGUGGAGCGCAUGGCCCCCAUCUUCUCACCUCCCCAGGCAUCCGGUGCAUCUAAAGAAAUCCGCGGCUCAGCCAAGGGCCAGGAUGCCAAGAGGGAGCGGUCAAAGCAAGGGGAGGGUAAAGCAGCUGGGGAUUCCGAGGGAGGUGAUGCACCCCCACUGGUGUUCCUGCACAUCUCUGACCUGUCGCUCUGCCUCCCAGUGUCGUCGUGGAGCGAGGAGUCUCUGGAUGUGCGAGUGGAGACCAUCAACCUCAUCGUUCCCACUCCGGCUUCUCAGCGCCUGUCCCAGCACACACUGCUCAGACUUGCGACAGGCAUCCGCCCUCAGGACCCCUCCUUCUGGAAGCCGCUGGUGGAUGCUCUGGACCGCUCCCCCCCCUCCUGCCCCGACUCCGUUGGCAUUCAGCUCUCCCGCUUUGGGGCCUACUGGUCUCCUUCUAAGACCAUCACCCCCAAGGUGGAGCGGAACAUCAUCUCUGAGAGUGGUGUCUUCAUCUCCGUGCAGUCCAAUCCAUCACGAGUGCACGUGCACUGGCCUCAGGUGGAGAUCCGUCUGGGCCCCACUCAGUACAACGCCAUCAUGACCCUCAUCUUCCAGAACCUCGCAGAGGGCUGCUCCUUCACAGACGACCAGGUGCACAACCCGCAGGUGGGUCGGCCCUUGGGCGGCGAGGCUGCUCCUCCAGACCCCUGCAUCAGCCUGGCAGGGCUCACCCCCGGCUUGGAGAUUCAGCUGGACUUUGGCCGCGCUGUCAUCCACGCCGAGAUGGAGCACCCAGCCACUCUGGUUGAGAACGGCUUCGGCGACCCCCUUUUGUCCUUGAGAGCGCACCGCCUCACCAUUGUCUACUCCGACUACACUGAUUUCUCGCAAGUGACAGUGAAGGCGUUUCGCCUGCUCUUGGUGGACGACCGCUUCCUCAAAUUCUCCCAGUCGGAGCUGGCCCUUGUGGAGACCAACAGCUCGCGUGCCAAGCCAUCCCCCACCUCAGCUUCCACAUCCACCCGCCUCUCCACACCCCCCAACCACCCUCUGGGAGGCGAGUCCAGACAAGGGCUUGGGUGCGACCUGGACAGGUCGUUUCUGGUGAACGUGGUGAUGAAGCAGGAGGGCACGACGGGCGUGCAGGUGGUGUUUGAGCGCACCAGCAUCGUGUGGCCCUUCUACACGGACCUGUCUCUAGUGUGGGAGUUUCUGGAGGUUGUGGCUGGGUACUUUCAGAAGCCGGGGUGUGCGCUCGGGCCUGCCAGCCUGCAGCCAGAUUCGUGGCUCAUGGUCAACAUCCUGCUGCACGACUUCGAUCUCUUGUUGCCCGUACCAGAGGAGAGCCUCAUCAACGUCUGCCCGCCUCCCUCCAGCUCCCAGCACUCCAGCCCUCGUUGCACCGACCCUCCUCUCGCCACCCUAUCACCAAUCACCGCUGACUCUCCUGCCUUCCACUCCGCCCAGUCCCGCAUGCCUCCUCCCUCCACCCCGCCUGACCGCUUCUACGAUGCUUCUGAGGCUCUUACUGCCAGCCGACGCAGCAGCAGUACUGGUGGUGGUGGUGGUGGUGGUGGUGCUGCCAGUGGCUUUGGCAGGAGUGGCAGUAGUGGCAGCGAGCAGUUUGACAAUGCGAGGAACACGUUUGAAGAGCCAGUGUGGGUGCCAGAGCUGCAGGUGUGGAGCGACGAUGUAGACCUCUUUCUCUCGGAGCUCAAAGCCCACGGGCUCAAGAUCAGGGGACAGACUUUGAGAGUGGGGCAUUUUGCAGGAGGGGACAGGGAGAGCAAGCUCCUGGUGGACUUUAUCCGCGUCAGCAGCGUGUUCGUCCACCAGUCUCAGUACUUCGCCCCUCACGAUUUGUUUGGGGAGUUCACUGCUCAGCUGCUGUUCAGCCAGCACUCUCCCAAGUGCGCCAAUAGGCAAGCCAGCCUGCUGUCGCUGCACAUCACACCUGAUCUCCAUCCGUCUUUCUCCUCAACUGCACCUUCGCCGUCUGCGACUGCUGCUGCUGCUGCUGCUGCUGUUGCUGCGUUUGUUAUGUCCACCACCGGAGGGCAAUCUGGCAGCAGCUGCAUCAAGUCUGGUCGUCUGCCUAUCUACUUUGUUUUCUCCCAUCUGGUGGUGUUCAGCUCGUUCCUCCGAACGCUCAGCAUCCGCCUCAAGCGCAGCGAGGGCAACCUGCUGCAUCAGAAGAAUCUCGAACUGUACGGGGACCCACUGCCGCCCGCCUUCGUGCCGUCCAAGCUGGCCAUCAACCUUCAGAUCCACGAGCUCUUUGUUGCUCUCAUCGACGACAGGAUGGGGAACCCCACGUCAGUGCUGGAGCUGGUGGCCAAGGGCAUCGUCUUCAAUGCCAACAGCCAGAUACUCACGGAAGGAGGACCCGAGCUGCUCUCCUGCCGCCUCUCCCUCAUUCUCCUCUCCAACUUCCUCAACUCCGGCUUUGAGAUCAUGGAGCCGAUGACCGAGUCCUGGCAGCUGGGGGCGGACGUGAAGUCCACGGGCAACCACGUGACGAUAGCGGUGCAGUCACACCAGCUGCUGAACGUCAUGUUCACGCCCAUGCAGCUGCGCUCGCUGGGAGACGCCCUCAACUUCUACUCGCUGCUCUCCAACUCGCUGUCCGUGCUGCCGGGGGGGAGCCUGCAUGGUGGAAGCGACCGUGACGAGUUGGGCUCUGGAGCGUCUUCAACAGGUCAUGGAGGAUCCGUUACACGGGCUACCUCCGCCCGGAUGACUAGAGCGAUGAGCAUGCUGAGGGCUCGCGAGUACUUCCCCAAGUCCGGAACCCUUGCAGAGACACUGGAGGCGUCACUGCAAGAGGUGGCGGUGGGGAUGGUGAGCUACAGAAUGGUCAACCUCUCAGGCCACACUCUCUACUACUGGACCGAGAAGGAUGAGGAGAAGUCCAAGACGUACUCAGUGGAGGAGGGCGAGGAGCAGGUGCUGGAGGUGCAGCCGGUGCAGAAAGUGGUCACUCUCCGGGACACGCGCAAGAUUCUCGCGCGCACCAUCUGUGUCAAGCUCAAGGGGGACUGGCUGCCCAUCAACGACAUUGUCAUGGACAAGGUGGGCAAGUACGUGAUGGACCUACGGUUGCCGGGGAGCACAGUGGUGCUGCCGGUGGUGUUUGACGUUACGCUCAAGUCGCGCACCAAGAUCAUCACCGUGCACUCCACCAUGCACCUCCGCAACGACCUCGACGUGCCGCUCGUCUUCUUCGCCCUCCUGCCCAGCCCCAAAGAGACCGGAGGGGAGAAUGCCAAGUCCUCCUCGCAGGUCUCCAAGUUCGCGCUCGGCCCCAUACAUCCCCAGCAUGAGAUCUUCAUGCCCAUCUUUGCAGCUCUGGGAGGCCAACUCAUGGCUCAGGCACAGGGCUUUGCGCGGGCAGAGAAGGACGUGGUAGCACUGGACCCAGAGCACCUGCUGGAGCAGCAGGGCCUCCUCGAGUUCCCCAUCCUCAAUCAAGGCACCCGCUCCCCACUCGUGGGCAGAGGCAGCAGCGGCGGCGGCAGCAGCAGCAACAACAAACUGCUGAGCCGCUUUGGCAGCAUGACACGGAGGCACAGUGACGGCGGGGGGAGUGUGAGACUGAGUGAACUUGGGAGUGUGAGGAGGGGGAGCAUGGCGAACGGAGGAGAGGACGAGUUUGAUAGGAGGAGCAGUGGUGUGGGUACAUCGGAGGAGGAGUUUGACAAUGCGAGUGAUGUGAGGAGGCCGUUCUACUGCUGUCUGCAGGUCAUCUCGGAUCCUCUGGCACACAGUGCGAGCAACGGGCUGUAUGAGGAGUUCACGCUGUCCUUUGUGCCCCCUGUGGCCAUCCAAAACGGGCUGCCAUAUGACUUGGAGGCGUAUGUGUGGGACGUGGAGUGGGGCACGCGGCACAUUGUCUACGUCCCUUCGGGCGAGUCCCGAGACCUCUACCACGUCAGCCUGGACCACACGCUGCAGAUGCACAUCGCUCUCUUCGUGCCAGGCGGGGAGUACAGGACACGUCGCCGGUACCCCAUCCACUUCCCUCCCAACCCGCUGCUCCAGAAGCAGUUUGGCAGCCGUGCCUUUGCCUACGACGUGCGCUCUCUCCGCCUGGCGGUCAAAUGCCGCCUCUUCCCGCAGCACGCUCCUACAGCCUCGCCCAUCACGCUCUCCAUCGACAACCGCCACAACUGGCAGUCGCGGAACCGCAGCAUCGCGCUGCUCGCUCACUACUGGGUCAUCAACCUCACCAAGUUCCGCCUCAAGCUCUCCUCUGGAUCCUCCAAUAACCCCCUCGAUUGCCCGCGGUACCAGGAGGGCCAGCCCGCCUUGCUGAACGUGCGCCGGGGGGCGAUCACUGCGAUCAGCCUCGAUGGCUAUCAUUGGUCCAAAUCGAUCUCGAUAGAUUCUGUGGGGAUCAAGGGGUCGGUUGCGGUUGCUGGGCCUGCGUCCACCAUGCUCCCACAGAACCACCAGCAUCACUCGCUAUGGCAUCAUGUGGAUUCGUCAGCAGAUGCUCCGUUGCUUCGGCAGCAGACGGCGGAGGAGUGGGAGAAUGUGGUGCAACUGGAUGCCCCUGCUGGCACUCCCUCUCGCCACACCACCUCCUCCAUAUCACCCUUCCCAGCCCUGCGGCGGUUCGAGUUUGGGGUGGAGGUGCGGCUGGCGCCGUCACUGUGCGAGGGCACGAAGCUCGUCAUCAUCUCGCCGCGCUUCAUGGUGUCAAACCAGACCGGGCAGCCCAUGCAGAUCGCCCAGAUCGGCACCACCACUGCCCGGGUUCUGGCGGACAAGAUGCGGCAGGCGUUCCACUGGGAUGACGAGAAGCUCGGGACGUACCUGGUGGCUCGGUUGCUGAACAGCGAUGAGGCGGAGGAGGAUGAUGUGGAUGAUGGUGAUGAGGAGGAGGAGGAGGAGGGGAAGGAAGGGGAGGAAGGGGAGGAAGGGGAGAAAGGGGAGGAGGAGGAUGGGCACAGCUUGAGUUCUGAUGAAGAGGAUAGUGAGGGGGAGGAGGAGGACGGGAGAGGGGAGGGAGCGAGGGAGAGUCGCGUAGCAGGUGAGGUAAGUGGGAUGCAGCGACUGAGGAGGGACUCAGAGGAUUCGCACGUGUCGUGCGAGUCGAUGGAGGGAAGAGAGCAGGUGCAGGCAGGGGUGAGCAGCAUUGGUUCCGGAGGGACUGAUGAUGGUGGGGACAGCAACGGUGAUAAGUUGACGAGGUUGCCUAAGGGCCAGGAAAUCGCAGCAAGUGGCAGGUUGCAGGGUAGUGGUAGCGACAGGCAGCAGCAGCAACCCCACAGUGGUGGCAGUGGCAGCAGGCGUAGGCAAGUGGAGAGCAACAGCCGUCAAAAGGGGGAUGGAAGCCGCGGGAAGAGGGAGGAUGGAGGCAAGGGCGGCAGCAAAGGCGGGACUGGAUCUCGAAAGAAGAGUGCAGGAAAAGGACGGGGGAGCAAAGGAAGGGAGAUGGACGUGGAUUGGGAGUGGUCUGGUGCGUUUGAUAUUGACAAGCCGGGAGAAUCAGCGGUGCGCAUCAGGCACAGGCGCAAGAAGGGCAAGUAUGCCAUCCUCUCCAUUGACGUCUCGCUCAACGGCGCGUCUGCGCUCGUCACGUUUGACACCUGCAGCUCCAAGCACAAGCCCCCGCCCUAUCGCAUUGAGAACCACUCGGCCUUCAUGAGCAUCAAGUACGGGCAGCUCACCACCCCCACACGGCAAAGGCUGCCCCCCAACCGCUCCACCAACUACGCUUGGGACCAGCCGCGCAUGGCCCAGCUGCUGCAGGUGGAGAUCGAGGGGUUUGGUGUGACCCGUGAGUACGACCUGGACGGCAUCCGCGAGCUGCCCACCAUCAUCCUCUCUGAAGACGACUUCACCGGCAAUGCAUCGCUGAGGGACAGGAUGUUUGUGAUGGUGGGGACGCAGGCUCGAGCGGUGGCAGCGCUGUACGUGAACGUGUAUGCAGACGGGGCCACCAGAGUGCUCUCCUUCUCCGAUACCAAACACACCUCCAAGGUGUCGGAGGAGGACGAGCGCACCACGCUUCAGGAGAAGCUGCAGGUUACGAGCGAGCGAAUCGACUUCGCCCGCAAGGUGCUUCAGCGCACUUGUGCUCUCGCAGGAGAAUCCCCACUGGAUGCUUCGGAGGCAAAGCCAUCAUACAUGGAGACUCCCGAGUACAGUGCAGCCAUGGCCAGCUUCGCACCCAACCACCACCCCUCCGUGCGCUCUACUAGCAGCAGCUCCUCUGCUCGCAGCAACAGGCACCUCCGUCGCAGCAGUAGCGACACUCCUGUCGCCUCUACAAGCAGGAACCCCUCUGCUUCCGUCGUAGCUGCCACUGCCACUGGCAGUGUGAAGGAGCAGUUCUUUUCCAGAGAAAAUUCAGAGGGCUCCUCCCCUCGCACUCCCCCAGAGACCUUCCGCGUGUUUACUGGCAGUAGUUCCGAGCCUUCUCCUGCCAGUCAAGCCGCUGGUGAUCCAGAUCCGGUCACCACACCGCCCAGGAGCCCCCUCCAGAGAAGCUUUGCCCUUUCCUCCAUUGCAGCUGCUGCUACUGCCAAAGAGGCCCGGGCUUCAGGCCUCGCUAACAGCAGAACUGUGAGUGACUGCUCUGAUGCCUCUGCUGAGCACGUGAAGUCACAUCCAGGCAAGGCAGGACUCCGUAGGAGUAGGAGUCAAGAGGCAGCGGUGUUGCAAGCAGGGAAGGGUGAGCUAUCUGCCAAAGGAGAGGGAAAGGCAGAGAAAGGAAAGGGUGUAGCGAAGGAGGAUUCAGGAGGUUCGGAAGUGGUGGGAAAGGGUGGUAAAGGGGAAGGGAGCGGCGAGGAGACCCAUGCAGAAGGCAGCAACUCACAUUCUCAAGAAGCACCCAGAGAAUUCGGUCUUUCACGCCCUGAAGUGACCAAGGCAGGGGCAGGAAGCAGUGCCAGUUCUGGGGAGUAUGCAGGCAGGGCAGCAAGGCUGAAAGGGCAGCAGGCGCUUGACUAUUUGUACCUUCCUGCAAGCGCGGCCGCCGUGCCUGAGUACCCGAUGAGUCUGGUUGAGGCAACGGCGUAUGGCGUGCAGGCAGGAGUGCUGGUCGUGAAGGCAGGGAUGGGGGUGCUGGAAGGGGUGGGGGAGGUGGCAGAGGAGAGUGUGAAAGAAAAUGUAGGGCCAUGCGUCGGAGCUGUCAAGUCAUCAGCUGCUGAAAUACCAGCAGAGAUGAUUGUGGAAGGUGCCAGGUAUGUAGGAUCCGCAGCAGCAGAGGCGAAAUGGAUGUUGAAAUCAGCAGUGAAGGUGCUGUCAAAGGAGAAAGCGGAUGGGGCAGCAGCUGCAGAAGCAGAGGAAGGGGUGAGUCAGGGGGAAGGGACUAAGGAGGCAGAUACACCAGAAGCAGCAGAUGCAGCAGCACGUGUAGACGCCUCAACUGCAUCUGGAGAAUCACAGGGUGCCUCAGCUUCAGCCGCUACAGGCAAGGGGAAGGAAAAAUCACAGGUGCCAGAGUCGAAACAAGAUGAGAGCGAUGGUGAAGACAUGAAGAGUGGGUAUGGUGGCGGGGGGGAGGAGAGGAAGCCAGAGAGCCGUGUGCAAGGGGCCAGUGGCGAGGAGAAUCACCAAGGACUUGAGACGGAUGAGGUUUCUGAGAAGGCAGGGAGCCUUUCCCGUGUGAGGGAAGAAUCAGAGGAGGAGUUGAAUGAGGGAGGAGAGGAAGGAGUGGAGCAGGGCAGCUGCAGUGAUGCAGGUAGAGAACAGAGUGCAGUCAUGGAUGCUGGCGUGACUGAUAGUGAUGCUGGGAGAGGCGAUGGUGACGAGGCAAGGGGAGCAGAGAAGGAGGAGAGCGUAUGCAUGGUAGACGCUGGGGUCGAAGGACAGACAAGUGGAGCGCAGAGGGAAGAGGGGCAGGGGGCAGACGCGGCAGUGGAACAGGGCCAAGGGGAGGAAGCUGAGAGCAGGAGCGGAGAGACGGAGGGGGUUGGAGGAGGAGGAGGAGGAGAAGGAGGAGGAAGUGAGAGAGUGGAAGCGCCUGUGUCUGCAUCUCUCCUUGGUUCCUCGCUGGCUGCUGCUCGCUUUGUCCUGGGGUUGAAGAGAGGCAGGGCUCGUCGUACAGGUGGCGCCAGUGAAGGAGAGCGAGCGGCAGCAAAAACAGAACCCACUAUUCACCUGGAUUCUCUCUCCUCCUUCCCCCCUCUCAAUUGCAACCGUAUCCAAGCCACUCCCCUCAGCGCGCCAACAGCAGACCCCAACACUCGUGGUGCUGCUGCUGCCUCCCUCUCACCCUCCAGCUGCAGCCUUGGCGAAUCAAGCAGUGGUGGCAAAUCCAGUGAUAAUCUCUCUGCAAAUAUUGCCAGCGAUGCUGCCAAAGUUUCCACUGUCGCUGCUGCUGCCGCCGCCGCUGCUGCUCCUGGUGAUCCCGUGUUGCUAGAAACCGCGGCAGCCAAAACAGAGCCAGCCAUUCACCUGGAUUCUCUCUCCUCCUUUCCCCCCCUCAAUCGUGAUCGUGACCAAGCCACUCCCCUCAGCACGCCAACAGUAGACCCCAACACUCGUAGUGCUGCUGCUGCCUCCCUCUCACCCUCCAGCCGCAGCCUUGGCGAGUCAAGCAGUGGUGGCAAGAACAGCGAUAAACUCUCUGCAAAUGUUGGUGUUGGCGCCACUGCUGCCGUGGUCAACACAGGGAAGAGAGUGACAGGAGCGGCAUCAGCUUUGCAUUCCGCUGCAGCUGCUUUCCUCGAUGGCACUUCAGAGAAAGUUCAGGAGAAGUUUCACGAGGCCCAGGAGGCGUUUGAGGAGGCAGAGGAGAGGGCGGGGGAGUGGCGGGCUGAUGAGGGGUUUAAAGCGCAAGUGGGGGCGAUGAGGACAGUGCGCUCUAUGGAGUCAUUUUUCGGGAGACAGGCGGACAAGCUGAUGGAGGCCACACACGUUCCUGACAUAAUUAAAUCUGCAACAGCUGCAGAGCUCCGGGCACACUGGCCCCAUGACAGCUUCAGGUUGCCGUCGUCGAGAAGCGAGGGAGGAGAGAUGGUCAGCGACGGGGAAGGGAAUGAGUUGAUGCCCGUGCCCACGCUUGAAGAGCUUCAGAGCAUGGCGGGGGCGGUAGCAGCUGCUGAGUUGGAGUUUAUCGGGCGGAAUAGGCCGACUGGAUUGGUCAAGAGCGCGAGUGUUGCCGCAGGGCAGAUGGCAGCAGUAGCGAGGCGAGGCCAGGAUGUGGUGGCGAAGGCAGGAUCCAUGGUCAAGGGAGCAGUUGGGAGCGCCCUCGCUGCCGGCUCGGAGGCGGCUGUAGCAGAGGGUAAGGCCUUAAGGGCCGGGGCGUCUGUAGCGCUGAGUGUUAUGGGCGGGAGGCUGGGGGAGAUCAAGGAACACGCUGAUCAGGACUUGCAAGUGAGCCUCGCGGACUGGCGGAGACGAAUGCAGGAGGCGGGGAUAGGGGUGGAGGAGGAGGAAGACAUCAGUGAGUUGCGGCAGGAGCGGAUCCAGCUGGGCAACGAGGAGUACGACGCAGGGGCGAUCGUGGGAGGCGACGUGACGGUUCACGUGAUUAAAGCCAUGGAUCUGGGGCUCCGGCCGGAGAAGACGCAUCCGUACGCGGUGGUGCAGGUGGAGGGGCGGCGGCUGCGGUCGUCAGUGUGCAAGGGCACGGUGUGUCCGCAGUGGGACGAGCUGCUGGUGUUCAAAGGCGUGUCUACCGCCUCCAGCAUGGCUAUCUCCAUCUUCAGCAGCGAAACCAUCGGCUCACACAAGUUCCUCGGCCAGGUGGUGCUGCCGCUGGUGGACGGCAGGGCUCUGAACCGCGAGCCCGGGUGGCACAAGCUGAGUCGGCGCACGGCACAUGAGACGGUGACAGGCAGGGUGUUCCUGUCCACGUCUUGGGACGCCACAGAGCUCGAGCUCAUGGCGCUGCAGCUGCGUGCCAAGGAAGCGGAGCUGGACGCGUUGGAAGAGCGGCUGGCGCAGGAGAGGGAGGCGAGGCCCAGGGAGGCCGUCAUGGCAGCAGAGACCCUCGCCAACCCGCACCCACUGCAGCCCCACACGCCCUCCUCGGCCCUGCGCACGCCCACGGGGGGCCCCAUGCUGCGCCGCAUGUUCACCCUCAGGGGCCCUGGGGGGAUGGGUGCAGCGGCUGCCUCGUCCGUGUCGCCUGCUGUGGUGCAGCAGCAUGCCGCUAAGGGGCAGCUCAAGGUGAAGGUGGUGGAGGCAAGGCAUCUGGCAGUGCCAGCGGAGUGGCUGCGCUCGGUGCACCGGAUGCGUGCCUUUGCUGCGCUCUCCGUGGUGUCCCCCUCGGGCACCAGCACGCUCCCUGUGAAGACGCGCGUCAUCAACGGCACCUUCUUCCCAAAGUGGAACGAAACGUUCUCCAUCAACGAUGCUGCUCUCGCCUCCUCGCUGCGCGUGCAGGUGUUUGACAAGCCAAAGCUGGGCAGCCCGAACCUCCUGGGCGAAGCUACAGUGGACGUCACCACCUUCAAGGACGGGCUGCCACAGUACAUGCUGCUGACUCUCAAGCGAAGUGCUGGGAAAGAAGGGGAGCAGGAGGCAGUGGGCGGCAGCAUUCGUCUUCGAGUGCACUGGAUGGUGGACCAUGGGAAGAAGGCAGAGGAGAAGACGGGAGUCAAUUUUAUGUUGAACCUGCACGGGAUGACCGUGUCCGUAGUGGACCGCCUGCCCCGAGAGAUCAUGCUGCUGCUCCUGGAAGACAUCUGCUGCUCCUGGGAGGAGUCGGUGAAGGAGGUGGCGGGCAAGGUGGAGGUGGGCAAACUGCAGGUGGACAAUCAACUGCUCACGGCUCGCAACCCUGUUGUGCUCUCGCGCACCCAGGCCUUCCCCGCAGAAGCCCUGUUCAUGGAGCAGAGCAAGGAGCUGGCGAACCAGGCAUCGCUAGCGAGCAUGCUGAGCACGGACCCCAAGGAGAAGGAGAAGGCGUUCGUGUCAGUGGAGUUCACGCGCCUGCUGCAGCACCCCUCCAUCGUCUACUACCGCCGCUUCCUCUUCCAGCUUCAGGAGUUCGACCUGGUUUUGGAGGAGGAUUUCGUGGACACUGCAGUGGCGUACCUGCAGCAGCUGCCUAUGGAUGAUCUCUGGCAGGAGGCGGAGAAGCGGGGUGGGAAGGAGGAGGAGGAGAAGAAGGAGGCGGACGAAGAUUUGGUGGAGGAUAUGACCGGCGCUCCCAUCACCAGGACUUACCUGCCCCGUGACGCCACCAUGGUGUCCCCCACAUCCCGCCGGCACUUAGUUAAGUCGGAGCCGUUGGUGAACAGCAGCAGCUGGGUGGCGGGGAACCAGGGCCUGCGGUGGUACUUUGAGCGCUUCCAGGUGCAGUCCAUGCGCAUCAACGUCACGCUCGUCAUGAACCCCAUCAAGAGCGAUGCACCGCCGCCCUCUGGCAGCAGCUCCGAGUGGCACUUGAGAACCACGGCGUCCUCUGCUGGCUUCCCGCUCAUCUCGCUCACUCGAGCCCCACUCAGACUCAACAGUCUGGUGCUGGACAAUGCGUUUCAGAAUCAGAGCACGCUGCAGACGUACGUGCUGCGCCACUACGGUGUGCAGCUGCUGCAGGGGCUCCACAAGAUCCUCGGCUCCGUUGAGCUGCUCGGCGCCCCGCUAUCCCUGGUGGACAACCUUGCCACAGGAGUCAUGGACUUCUUUGUUGAGCCUGCCUCCGCCACCACGCCGGAGGAGUUCCUGAAUGGCGCAGUGAAGGGCACGGUGAGUCUGAUGAAGCACUCGUCGUACGGCGUGCUUCACUCCAUCAGCUCCCUCGCUGGCGGCAUCGGCUCCGGAUUUGCCAAGCUCACCUUCGACGACUCCUUCAUCCAGAGGUUCAGCCAGCGGCCGGAGGGAACAUCGCAGCAGGUGCUGCGAGGAGCACAGGACGUGGGGCUGGGCUUCGUGGGGGCCGUCACAGGACUGGUGCUGCAGCCGCUGGAGGGUGCACGCAGGGAGGGGGCCGUGGGUGCAGUCAAGGGCAUGGGCAAAGGGGUGGUUGGGCUGGUGACCAAGCCGCUGUCGGGGCUGCUGGGGUUUGCGUCGACGCUGACUGAGAGCGCCGGCACGGGGAUCAGGGCGAUUGGGGGGGAUGUGACAAGGCGGAGUGUGCCGCGGAUUCGACUGCCCAGCACUUUUGGGCGAAAUGAUGCGAUCUCGCUGGAGCCAGAGGACAGUGUGGAGCUGAAGCUGGUGCUGGCCAUACUGGACUUUGGGCGGUACCGUGACGAGCACCUGUUGGACCAUCUGCAGACGUCAGGGCGCAUGGCGGUGCUAUUCACCGUUGCGCGCCUCAUCUUCUACGACUGCCAGCGCAACGUCUUCUACUGGCAGAUCCCUCUUAAAGACAUAACCUCAGUGAUGGGAAUGGAGGGGCGGCUGGAGAGCAUAAUUCUGUACGAUGCAGAUGUGGUGAUCGCAGGCAAGAAGCUCCCUCUGCGCAUGCCCGCCCGCAAGGUCAUCAAGACCACCACCCGCGAACUCCACAUGGCGCUCUUAGUUAAGCUCAACCGACACUUAGCCCGCAUCCGCGCCGCACUCCCCUCCUCCUCUGCCACCUCCCCCCACCGCGGGUCCCGUGAUUCAGUUGCUGCCAGCACUGCUGAUGAUGCGUCACACUCCUCCUCUCGCCCCCUCUCUGCUGGCUCGUCUCCUGUUCUCUCUCCCUCCCCCUCCCUCCCUUCCCCUCUCCGCCUUGCUCAAUCCCCUGGGAACGUCUCUGAGGCGAGUGCUGUUGGCGGCAAGGUAGCAGGGAGGUCUGGAGGAGCAGCCGGUGCUGGUGUUGGCAGGAGCAGCAGUGGUGGUGGUGCCGCUGAUCGUACGGCUGGGAGAGUCUUUGCCGGCAGCCAGUUCCCGCUCACAAAGAUUUUAUCUGCGCAGAGAGAGCAGGAGGAGGAGGGGGAGAAGGAGGAGAAAGAGGAGGAAGAGGCUUCUGAAUCUGCUCGCGGGGUGAGUGUGGCGGGAGGAGUUGCUGCGGCAACGGGAGCGACACGGUGGAGGAAGCAAACCAGUGGGAGAGGUGCUGCAGGCGCUGCAGCUGACAAGGGCAAGUCUCCUGUAGACCAGACUCACAGCGGCCCAGCUCCGGUCAGAGCUAAGAAAAGCAGCUUCCGCAGGGGCAAAUCAGGAGGAUUCGGGGGAGGUGACAAGUUGGGGAAACAGGGUGUGAUAUGGGAAGAUGCGGAUGUGGAGGCAGCACAAGUGGACCAGGGCGACAGUGACGAGGAUGAUUAUCGCGAGGAUGCAAAUGGUGGGGCGGCAAGGGUGGCUCAGUUGGAUAGGGAGGAGCGGCAGGAGGUGCGGCGGAAUCUGGAUGCUAUACUGACGACUUGCCAAGUGGCGAGUGCAAGAGCUGGCGGUCGAGCAGACCCUGCUUCGGCUCUGGUUUCUAGCGCGAGUCAGGCUGGCGCGCAGAGGGCAGCGCAGGAGGCGAGUGACGACGACGUGCUGAUAGAGCUCAAGGACGUGUACAAGUCGUUCGGCAGCAAGCACAUCCUCAGAGGCGCGUCGCUCAAGAUCCGGAGGGGCGAGGCGGUGGGGGUGAUAGGGCCGUCUGGCACGGGCAAGUCAACGAUUCUGAAAAUCAUGGCGGGUCUGCUGGCACCUGACAAGGGCGAGGUGUGGAUAUGCGGCAAGAAGCGAGAGGGGUUGAUCAGCGAUCAGGAGAACAUGGGCUUGCGGAUUGGCCUGGUGUUUCAAAGCGCAGCUCUGUUCGACUCAUUGACCGUGCGUGAGAAUGUGGGCUUCCUGCUAUACGAGCACUCGCGGCUGUCUGAGGAGGAGAUUCGCCUGCGAGUGAAGGACAGCCUCAAGGCAGUGGGGCUCAAGAAUGUGGAGGAGCGAUUCCCCUCGGAGCUCUCAGGCGGCAUGAAGAAGCGAGUAGCACUGGCACGGGCGAUCGUGUCGGACAGCGAUGCUCCGCAGCUGGAGGAGGAGGUGGUGAUGUACGAUGAGCCGACCGCAGGGCUAGAUCCGAUUGCGUCCACCGUGGUCGAAGAUUUGAUUCGCUCGCUGCACGUAAGGUCAUCGGUUCCGGUGCCGGUGACUGCGGAGAUAGCAGCUGGGUUGGAGUCGGAUUUUGAAACAGAGUCUGAGGAUUCGGAGGAUGAGAUGGGCGGCGGGAGAGGGGCGGGUGGUGCUGCGGGUGGGGGCAGCAGGGAUGGUAGCGGCAGCGGCAGCGGUGGUGGCUCCAAGGCUCGCAAAAUGGCAUCGGUAUCGUCGUACAUUGUCGUGACACAUCAGCACAGCACGAUUCGGCGAGCUGUUGACAGGCUGCUGUUCCUGUACGGAGGGGAGGUGGUGUGGGAGGGCCCCACAGAGGAGUUUUGA